AAGCCAGCGAGAGCCGAGUUUCCCGCCGCGGGGUCUGGCUCGGCUCGGGCCUUGAGGGCUUCGCGGCCCGGAGGAUGAGGCGGCGCGGAGGAGGAGGGUGCCGAAGCAGGCCUCAGUGCUGCUGCUGCCGCCGCUCGGGAGAAGAUGUUGACCCCAAGUUUCUUUAAAGAUCUACCGAUGGACCAUGUGCCUGCUCUGCUUUAAAAAACAAAAUUGAAAAAUUGCGACAGUUCAUACUGUGAUGGACUCUCAAAAUACUGCUAUGCUAGGGUUGGGUUCUGGUUCUGAAGGGUUUUCUGGGAAGAGCCCGUCUGCAGUUGCCACAGGCACAGCGGGAGGGCGGAGAGAGGUGGAACUCGAUGGUAGCACGAAGGAAGAUGAAGAGGACAACAGGAGUUGUGAGGGAACUGCUGGUGAUGAAGCUGGCAAAGAUGAGCGCGUGACGGACGCCCAGCAACAAUUUUCUGUGAAGGAAACUAAUUUUUCAGAGGGCAAUUUAAAACUGAAAAUAGGCCUCCAAGCUAAGAGAACUAAAAAGCCUCCGAAGAACCUGGAAAAUUAUGUCUGUCGGCCUGCCAUAAAGACCACCACUACCAGGAGGGUGCAGAAGGUCGGGAAGAUGCCUGAAGAGAAGAAUGACCCUGGUCCUGUCAAGCAAGAUCCAGCAAAGCUGUACAAAAAAGGCGGAGAAGCCACACCGAUAGUUGAAGGCUCCACGGCUGACGGCAGACUGAGGGAAAGCAGCCUGCUCUCAAGAAAACUUUCGCCACUGCGUUCUGAAGUGAAAGAUUAUGGGAAGUCAGCACUUUCCACUCCAAUCCCUAAUCACGAUCCAGAUUCAAAAGACAGGAUUCAGAUUAACGGAACACCAACGGUCACGGAAAAACUGGCUCAGCUGAUUGCAACUUGCCCUCCUUCAAAGUCUUCCAAAACAAAACAGAAGAAGUUGCCCAUGGGGAUUGCUACAGGAUUUGCAAAGGACUCUGGAAAGAAGCUGCCCGUUGUGGUGGCACCGUCAGCUUUGGCUAUCAAGGACUUUGUCAAGAAACAGCCUGGAAGUAGCAGUGUGGGUGUUGCUUUGAGCAAUAAGGAGUUUGCAAAGAAAUCGCCAGGGACUGCUGUUGGCAUUGGGUUAAUCAGUAAGGAUUCUGGGGGCAAAAAACAACCGGGCAUUUGUCCCAAUAUGGUGGGUCUCACUGGCAAAGACUGUGGGAGGAAGAUACCAAUCCUUAGUUCUCCGGUUGGAUUGGUCAGCAAGGAGAGUGGAAGAACAUCCUUAGUGACAGGCACGCCACUUGGGUUGAUCAGUAAGGAGCCCGGGAAAAGACUGCUGGGAGCAGGCAGCCCAGUUGGGUUGGUCAACAAGGAUCCUGUGAAAAAGCUGCUGAAUGCGGUUAGUCCUCCCCCUCCCCCUCCUCCUCCUCCUCCUCUGGUUAAUAAAGACUCUGGGAAAAAGCUUCCAGGACCUGGAAAUCCAAUUGGAUUGUUUAAUAAGAAUUCUGAGAAGAAACAUUCAGGGUCAGAAGGCCCAACUGGAUUGAUUAGCAAGGAGUCCGGGAAAAAGCUGCCAGGGUUCAAUACAACAAGUGGGUUAGUUAAUAAAGACUCUGGAAAGAAACUCUUGGGGGCCAGUGGGUUGGUCACCAAAGAGUCUGGAAGGAAGCCAUUGGGGAUUGGUGGUCCACCCGCCUUGAGUGGUAAGGACUCUGGGAAGAGAUUGGUGGGAACCAGCAGUCCCUGCACGUUGGCUAAUAAAGACUCGGGGUCACUGAAGACUGAUCUGGCGAGCUCUUCCUCAGAGCCCUACAAGCGGUGUUGCGGUGCAAAUCUCUUGAAUCUGGAAAGUGCUGUCCCUCCAGGCUUUUUAAAGGACAGUGUUGGCAAUAAGCCGUUUGAAAAGCACACUGCAAGGCCAAGUAAGGAGAGCAUCCCAGAAAAGUUGCCAAGUCAAAACGAAGUCUCAAGUGCAAGCAAAGAAGGGAACAGCAGCAUUCAACAGGAUGGCUCUCUGUCCAGUGAAAGAGUUCCUUCAGAAACAUCCAAGCAUGACAAGCAAGUACCGGUGUAUUGCACUUCUCCUGACUUCAGAACAACGGGAGGCGCUUCAGAUGUCUCCACAGCCAAAUCCCCGUUCAGUGCCGUGGGAGAGGGCGGCCUCCCCUCUCCAUCCCCGGCUGCAUCUGUCGCAACUUUAAUCCGUAGCCCCACCGCAACCUUGGCUCAGUUAGCUUCCAGCCCAUUGCAUUUAAAUAACACUCCUGAUUUCUUAGAAGGCAUUUCUGAGCAGAUUAGCAAGACCCCGUUUGCCUCUGAUAGCGCGCGCUCAAGUAUGAACAGGGUCUUGAAUCCUGGCAGCAAAGGCUUUGGGCGGGAGUUAAACAUCUCUGGUUCUAAACCGAGCCAGAGCUUAGGCAAAAAGCCCAGCCUGGGGACUGACUCAAGUGCCCGUGCCACUGUUGCCCCUUCGGUCGUGAGCUUCUCCAGCUUAUUUAACAACAAGCCCUUCCUAAAGAUGGGAACCAUGACUGCGUCAGGGAAAGCAUGCCAAGGCGUGGAGUCCCUGAGCAGUGGUUGCAGCCCACAGACAAAGCCAUUCAAAAAAAGGAAAGGGAGGAAGCCCCGCUGGACCAAAGUUGUCUCUCGAAGCACCUGCCAACCUUCCAAAGGUCUAGAACUGGGAAGGCCUGAACUUUUCGGCAAUAUUUCUUGCAGCUCACUGUCAAACAGUAGCCUGGACCAGACCAAGCUGUUUAAAAGCUCAGGCCCUCUUUCCUAUGCAGAACGUGACUUUGCCAAGCAUCAUUUGCCGAAGCUGAGCAAAGCCAGCAGCAUGCAGUCUCUUGCUUUGUUAAAGGGUGUCGAGAAAGAACCAAGUAAAUAUUACAGCGCACAUAUGCAGGCGCCUGUGGAGUGCAUUCCCGAUGACUUGCUGCCUGAAAUGUACCAGUCCAAAAGGGGCAGGUCAAAGUCUAAGGAGAUGCCCCACCUGGAAGGCCCCCCAAAGCGGACCCUGAAGAUCCCCGCCUCAAAGGUUUUCUCAGUGCAGUCAAAGGAAGAGCAAGAGCCACCUGUGUUGCACCCGGAGGUAGAAAUUACUUCUUUUCGGCAGAGCCUCCUGGAAGAAGCUUUUCCAAAGAAGAGAGGUCGUCCUAAAAGGCAGAUGAGGUCAGAGGUCAAAAUGCAACCUCCGGUCCUCUCCGUGGCUCCUUUUGUCACCGCAGAGAGUUCCGAGAAGCUGGAGUCGGAUAGCGAGCAGCAGCCGAGCGGAGAUUUCUUUGAAGAGGAUAAUCCAUUAGGAGGUUCUGAGGAGCUUGGGAAAACGAGUGACCUUGAGGGAGAACCCGAUCGGAAGGAGACCCGGCGCAACAAUGGCCAGCUCAUGAAAACCAUCAUCAGGAAAAUCAACAAGAUGAAGACGCUGAAGCGGAAAAAGCUCUUGAAUCAAAUCCUCUCGUCCAGCGCGGCUGAACCAAAUAAAGGGAAAGUGCAAUCCAAGCUCCAAACGACAGUCUCGACGCUCGCUGCCACCUUUGGCUCCAAACUAGGCCAACAGAUCAAUGUCAGCAAGAAAGGAACCAUCUACAUAGGCAAGCGGCGAGGCAGGAAGCCAAAAGCGGUCCUGAAUGACAUCCUGGCUGGCAAUUCCGGCGGCUUAAUUGUGCUUGAAAAGUCCACCCAGCAGGCACCUGGGACCACCCUAGGGCCAGCCAUUCUCCCAUUGCUUCCUUCAGUGGCUAGUAACAGUAAUCCCGAGGUGCUUCCUUCCCCUGUUUGUUCUCAGUCGUCGGGGGUCAGUGGGGGACAAAGUCCCAUCAGCAGUGACAUGAGUUUUGUGGAGCCCAAUUCCGUGCCCUACCUGCACCUCCACUCCCGGCAGGGGAGCGUGGUCCAGACUCUCGCCAUGCGGAAGGCCUCAAGGGCCAGAAGGAGGCUCUCUCCCCCUACUCUCCUGCCCAACUCCCCGUCCCACAUGAGUGAGCUCGGUUCGUUGAAGGAAGCGACGCCAUCGCCCAUUAGUGAGUCGCACAGCGAUGAGACCAUUCCCAGUGACAGUGGGAUCGGGACCGACAAUAACAGCACCUCCGACCGGGCAGAGAAGUUCUGCGGCCCAAAGAAGCGGCGGCACUCCUUCGACCACAUCUCUCUCGUGCCCCCGGAGACCUCCACGGUCUUGAGCAGCUUGAAGGAGAAGCAUAAGCACAAAUGUAAGCGCCGGAGCCAUGACUAUCUGGCCUAUGACAAAAUCAAGAGGCAAAAGCGGAAGAGGAAGAAGAAAUACCCGCAGCUGCGGGGCAGGCAAGAUCCCGAUUUCUUGGCUGAACUGGAGGAGCUGAUCAAUCGCUUGAGUGAAAUACGGAUCACCCACCGGAGCCACCAUUUCAUCCCCCGGGAUUUGCUGCCCACCAUCUUCCGAAUCAACUUCAACAGCUUCUACACCCACCCCACCUUCCCCUUGGACCCUUUGCACUACAUCCGGAAGCCGGACUUGAAGAAGAAAAGAGGCCGCCCGCCCAAAAUGCGGGAGGCGAUGGCGGAAAUGCCCUUCAUGCAUAGCCUCAGCUUCCCCCUUUCCAGCACCGGGUUCUACCCCUCCUACGGGAUGCCUUAUUCUCCUUCUCCCCUCGCGGCUGCUCCCAUCGGCUUGGGCUACUACGGGCGCUACCCGCCAACCCUUUACCCUCCUCCGCCGUCUCCUUCAUUUACAACCCCGCUGCCACCUCCGUCCUAUAUGCAUACUGGCCACUUGCUCCUCAACCCCGCCAAGUACCACAAAAAGAAGCAUAAGCUGCUCCGCCAGGAAGCCUUCCUCACGGCCAGCCGGGCACCCCUCCUCUCCAUGAGCACCUACCACCCCAGUGUCCCACCGGAGAUGGCUUACGGCUGGAUGCUGGAACACAAGCACCGCCACCGCCACAAGCACCGCGAACAUCGCUCCUCCGAGCAACAGCAGGUUUCCCUGGACACCUUGGCGCCCAAUGGCCCUUCCAGGACUGUCCUGGAGUCCUUGAAGCGCUACCGGUUUGGGAAAGAAGGCGUUGGCGAGCGAUACAAGCAUAAAGACAAGCACCGGUGCCACAUGGCUUGCCCACACCUGUCCCCUUCAAAAGGCUUGCUAGGCAGGGAGGAACAGUGGGUGCGGAGGGAGCCGGCGGAGUCCAACUCCCUCGCUCUGGGACUGCAGACACCUUUGCAGAUAGAGUGCUCGGAUGUCCCUCCCAGCCUUCCCUUGGGCAGGUUCACGCCGAGUUCUGAGCCAGCCAGCAGUGAUGAACACACCAACCUUUUUACCAGUGCAAUAGGCAGCUGCCGGGUUGCUGGCUCUGCUAGUUCCGGCGGACGUAAAAAAAUGUCUGACGUCACUGGCCUCUUCGGCCCCCAAGAAACGUCGCUCGGCCGGGCCCUUCGAAAGGAAACAUUGUCCUCUGGGGAAAAGACCGUUCCAGUCCUUUCAGCGGGAAUACUUCCAGCACAGGACAAACCCUUGCAGAGGUCAACAGAGGGCACAGGCUGCAGCCCUUCCAGAAAAAGGUCUUCGUCUGAAAGCACAUCUUCCACAGUGACUGGGGUACCUGCGCGAAACACAAAGUUAGGCCCGGCAGUGGAGGAUCCUGUGGAUAAUCUGUUGCAGCGCAUGGCUCAGCAUGAAAGCCAGAGUGUGCUGGAGAAGACCUUUGAGAACAUGGCGAGUGUCCCUGCGGCACCCUCGGGGAGCCCCUGUCAGAGCCCCAGCCGGGAGAAGAACGGUGCCCUCUUGAUGCCAGGCGACUCGGGCAACGAUGACCUCUCACUCCUUUCCAACCGCUUGUCGAGUGGUUACUCUCCCCAUCACUUCAAGAGGAGCGUGGUGGAAGCCAUGCAGUGCCAGGCGAGGAAAAUGUAUAAUUACGACAAGAUUUUGGCCACAAAGAGGAACCUGGACCACGUGAACAAAAUCCUCAAAGCCAAGAAAUUACAGCGGCAAGCGCGGACUGGCAAUAACUUUGUCAAGCGCCGGCCUGGCCGGCCUCGGAAAUAUCCCUUGCCCUCGGUAGUUUCGUCACACGUCCUUCAGAUGAACCGGUUUCUCAGCCAAGAGCUGGAGAGCACGGACCAAGGCUACUUACUCCACCGUGGCCCCGAUACUGUCAAAGAUGCCAUAGAAUCCGUGGUUCAGGGAGUGAAUGUGAAGGGAUGGAAGAGGAAGAGGUGGCAGGAAGAGGAACAGGCCAGGAAAAGGCAGAAGCCUCUGCCAGAAGAUGAAGAGCAGAGCAAUAAAAGGCUGUUUUUGAGUCCUGAAUUAUGGAAAAGAUGGCAUAGGAAUAACAAUGAUGAUGAUGAUGAUGAUAACAAUAACAAUACCCACAAGGAGAGCUUUUCUGAGGUGGCAACCGAGUCCCCUACUCGUGAGGAAGUGAUAGUGAAGCCACAUGAGUUGGAAACCCUCGAGCAGCCGCUCAUUUCUCCUGUCCAGCGGGAGAAGAAAGCUCCGCGGCCCCCAAAGAAAAAGUACCAGAAGGCUGGGCUAUACUCCGAUGUAUACAAAACCACUGACCCCAAAAGCCGACUGAUCCAGUUAAAGAAAGAGAAGCUGGAAUACACUCCUGGAGAGCACGAGUACGGCUUGUUCCCGGCACCUAUUCACGUGGGAAAAUACCUACGCCAAAAGCGAAUUGACUUCCAGUUGCCGUAUGACAUUCUCUGGCAAUGGAAACAUAAUCAGUUAUAUAAAAAGCCAGAUGUCCCGCUCUAUAAAAAAAUCCGUUCAAAUGUUUACGUGGACGUGAAACCUCUUUCUGGUUAUGAGGCUACCACUUGCAACUGUAAGAAACCCGAGGAUAGCAACAAAAAGGGCUGUGUGGAUGACUGCUUGAACAGGAUGAUCUUUGCGGAGUGCUCCCCAAAUACCUGCCCUUGUGGCGAGCAUUGCUGCAACCAGCGGAUUCAGAGGCAUGAGUGGGUGCAGUGCUUGGAGCGCUUUCGGGCCGAGGAAAAAGGCUGGGGCAUCCGCACAAAGGAAUCCCUGAAAGCCGGGCAGUUCAUCAUCGAGUACCUGGGAGAGGUUGUCAGCGAGCAGGAAUUCAGAAACCGAAUGAUUGAGCAGUACCACAACCACAGCGACCACUAUUGCCUCAACCUCGACAGCGGGAUGGUGAUCGACAGCUACCGCAUGGGCAACGAGGCACGCUUCAUCAACCACAGCUGCAAUCCGAAUUGCGAGAUGCAGAAAUGGUCCGUCAAUGGCGUCUACAGAAUUGGGCUAUAUGCGCUGAAGGACAUGCCUGCUGGCACCGAGCUGACUUACGACUACAACUUCCACUCAUUCAAUGUGGAAAAGCAGCAACUCUGCAAAUGCGGCUUUGAGAAGUGCCGGGGCAUCAUUGGGGGCAAAAGCCAGCGCGUGAACGGCCUCCUGAGCAAAAGCAACCAGCUGGUGUCUGCGCAGAGGAGGCCGAGCCGGUCCAAAGAGAAGAGGAAAUCAAAGCACAAGCUGAAGAAGCGGAAGGGCCAUGCCUCUGAGGAGCCCAGUGAAAGCUCAAGCACCCCAACUCGGUUGACUCCCCAGCUGCAAAUGAAGCCGAUGUCCAACAGGGAAAGGAAUUUCGUGCUCAAACACCAUGUUUUCCUUGUGCGCAACUGGGAGAAGAUCCGGCAGAAGCAAGAGGAAGUGAAACAUUCCAGUGACCACAUCCACUCAGCUUCAUUAUAUACCCGCUGGAAUGGGAUGUGCCGGGAUGAUGGCAACAUAAAAUCUGAUGUCUUCAUGACACAAUUCUCUGCCCUGCAGACGGCCCGCUCGGUGCGGACACGGAGGUUGGCCGCAGCUGAGGAGAACCUUGAGGUGGCACGUGCAGCACGCCUCGCACAGAUCUUCAAGGAAAUCUGCGAUGGUAUCAUCUCGUACAAAGAUUCCUCCAGACAGGCGCUGGCAGCUCCUUUGCUAAAUCUCCCCCCAAAGAAGAAGAAUGCAGAUUACUACGAGAAGAUCUCCGACCCCCUAGACCUCACUACCAUCGAGAAGCAGAUCUUGAUCGGAUAUUACAAAACGGUGGAAGCUUUUGAUGGUGACAUGUUGAAGGUGUUUCGUAAUGCCGAGAAAUACUACGGCAGGAAAUCUCCCAUUGGACGGGACGUCUGUCGGUUGCGGAAAGCCUACUACAACGCGCGCCACGAGGCGGCUGCCCAAAUUGAUGAGAUUGUGGGAGAGACGGCCAGCGAGGCCGACAGCAGCGAGACCUCCAUGUGCGAGAAGGAGAAUGGCCACGAGAAGGACGAGGAUGUCAUCCGCUGCAUCUGCGGCCUCUUCAAAGACGAGGGGCUCAUGAUCCAGUGCGACAAGUGCAUGGUUUGGCAGCACUGUGACUGCAUGGGAGUGAACUCAGAUGUCGAACACUACCUGUGUGAACAGUGCGACCUUCGCGCCGUGGAUAGGGAGGUGCCUAUGAUUCCUCGGCCUCAUUACGCCCAGUCUGGCUGUGUUUACUUCAUCUGCCUGUUACGGGACGACCUCUUGCUACGCCAAGGUGACUGCGUGUACUUGAUGAGAGACAGCCGACGGACUCCAGAUGGGCAUCCCGUUCGACAGUCGUACCGCCUGCUGUCCCACAUCAAUCGAGAGCGGCUUGAUAUUUUCCGCAUUGAAAAGCUCUGGAAGAAUGAAAAGGGAGAACGCUUCGCCUUUGGACACCACUAUUUCCGUCCCCACGAAACACACCACUCUCCUUCCAGGAAGUUCUAUCACAACGAACUGUUACGAGUGCCUCUGUAUGAAAUCAUCCCCUUGGAGGCCGUGGUGGGGACCUGCUGCGUGCUGGACCUUUACACCUACUGCAAAGGAAGGCCAAAGGGUGUGAAGGAACUGGAUGUGUACAUCUGCGAUUACCGCCUCGAUAAAUCGGCCCACCUCUUCUACAAGAUCCACCGGAACCGCUAUCCGGUCUGCACCAAGACCUAUGCCUUUGACCACUUCCCCAAAAGGCUGACGCCCAAGAGAGACUUCUCGCCUCAUUAUAUUCCAGACAAUUACAAAAGAAAUGGAGGCAGGUCAGCUUGGAAGUCUGACCGUGCCAAGUCGCAGAGCAAAGACCUGUGCCAGGAGGAAGACCCCCUUCCCCUCAUGGAAGACAUGAUGGUAGGUCAGGAGGUGGCCUCCGGGGAGCAAGGGCCCGACCUGGAAGAGCCGGAGAAGGAGGCCCCUCCCCAAGAAAGCAGCGAGGCGGAGAAGAAGGAGGAAGAGAGCAGCCCUAUCCCCAGGCGGCCUUGCACGCCAGAGGAGCGCCGGCACAUGCAGCGCGAGAGGCUCAACCAGAUCCUCCUGACCCUCCUUGAGAAAAUCCCAGGGAAAAACGCCAUCGACGUGACCUACCUGUUAGAGGAAGGUUCGGGGCGGAAGCUGCGGCGGCGCACCCUGGCUCUCCCCGAGGGCAGCUUCAGGAAGUGACACGCGACGCUCCUCCCGCUGAGACAGAGGCUGCUGCGCCUGGCGUUCCGCACAUGAGACUGUCAGGCGGAUGGGCACGGCUUUUGCUCGCCUUCCUGUGCCUCGCAGUGCGUUUUUUUGGGGGAGGGGGGAAGGCGGCAGCCAAGGAGGUAGCAGAACGAAGGAAACGGACACAAAAUGGUUUGGUAGCACUUAGGCGGCGUUUGGGUAGGCAAGGGUCUCCACUCCAGUUUGGUGUGGGGCGCGCGCCUUGUGGUCGGUGUAAAGGUACUAAGCAAAACCUUGUGGUUGUUUGUCCAAGACAGUCUGGUUUUAAUUUUUAUUUAUUCCCCCCCCCUUCCCCAACAUGCACCCAAAACACACGCUCUUGCUCCCGGUCAGAGGAAGGAGACAAAGGGCAGGCAGGAGAAGGACAGAGGCAUGUGGGGAGGUAAGCCGGUUCAGAACUGAUUUCCCUUCCAUAGGACGCGUCACCGUUACUCAGCUCAAGCUGGAGGUGGCCGAACGGGGUCGCGGGCAGCGGGGAAACGCCCCGGACCCCGAGAGCAGGGCUCGAGGCACGGAAGGAAGGCCUUUGCUUUGCUCAGGACACACGGCGGAGCCAGAGCAACGCACGCAUUGAGCGCGGGAGGCACAUGGGACGUUUCCGAGCCCCCGCCGUCGGCACGACUCCGAAGCACUUGUUCCCACACUCGUUCUGCGAAUUAGGGCGAGUUUUUUUAGAACACUUUCUGUUUUGAGUUUUUUGCUGCAGAGGAAAUUUUAUAAAGCAAGUCGAGUCCUAACGCAACCCCCUUGGUUUUAUUUUUUUCCCCCCUGUUUUAAUUUUGUAGUAAGCUGUCAUUCUUGUGCGUCCAGUGUAUUGUAUUUUUCAGGAAAAAAAGACAAAAAAAAAAAAAGAUCCCGCCCCUGUCUAAAACAGCAAAGCCCUUUCACUACAUGCAGUAUUUCUGAGCGAGUAUUUGUCGUGAAACUGUAGACCUACUAUUAUUAUUAUUAUUCAUGGAUAACACUACUCCUUGUGUUUUGAUUUUUGUUUUUUAAGAAAAAAGAUAAUAACCUGUACAGCUUAAAAGCAUCCGUCUCUUAAAGAGACAGUGUAUUUUACGCUCCCGCCUCUCUUUGCCCUUAAACUGGGGAGGGAUUAAAACAAAAAAAAAAUCAUUGGAAAGGAACGGUUUGGUUUCCUUGCUUAAUAAAUAACGGUUUCCAAGCAUUGUUGACAAUUUAGUGCCGUACCAGAAGGAGAACAUGCCGUGGUUUGUUGGCAUUUGGGAGCCAGCCAUUCGGCAUACACUGGCCCUUUAAUGUGGCUUUGCUCUCUGUCUCUUCGCAUAUUAUUAUGGUCCUGUUUUAGGUGUCCUUAUAAGAAAAGAAUCCUGUUUUCUCAAUGUGCCAAGUUGUAUAUAUCUAUAUAUAUAUAUAUAUCAAGAAGCCCUUUUUUUUGUUUUUCUUUGGCCACGUGGUUGUAAAACAAUAUUGGUAGCGCUCUCUCUGUGUCCCUUCCCCGACGGACCAAGCUUUGUCCCGACUGUACAUUGUCAUCGACUAUAUUACUCACAAACAAAACAUUCGGAAUUUUUUUGACGAUUUAGGAAGUACAGAAAGGGUUGGGAAAGAGAAAAGGGUGGGCGGGAGGGAUGGAUAGAUAAAAGAGGGGGAGCCCUUUGAGGAAAAUAAUAUUUUAUUAAAAAACGAGACAAAUUAAGAAAAUAGUUUGGAAUAUUUUCUUACUGUAGAAAAAAAAGAAGCCUUGUACAGGAGAAACCCUUGAGUAUAAAAUACUCGUUCGUGUCGUAGGAAAAAUGGGAAAGGGAGACGACCGGGGGGCGGGGGAGGGGGGCAACGCAUGUCUGCAAAAAUAUCUUUUUAAGUCACUCCAUUUAGUUCAAAAACGGGGUAAUUGUCUCAGAAUUGUGUUAAAACACUAAAAAAAAUAGAGAGAAGACAAAAUUAAGUCCUUUUAAAAGAAAAUAAUAAUGAUAGUGAUGAUAAAAGAUAGAGAGAUAAAACAAAAUUAAGUCCUUUUAAAAGAAAUUAAAUAAUAAUAAUGAGGAUGGGAAGUUUGCCCAGAAGUGAGACACUAGCUCUGCCAUGUUAUCUUUCUUUUCUCGAAAGACUAAAAACAACGUUUUUUAGACAAUCAGAAUUUUAGGUAAGCGCGAAAGGAUUUGGGUUGUUUUCGUUUUUCUUAAUUUUCUUUUGUUUUUUGUUUUGAUUGGUGGGAGCCCCCGGCGGCGCUGUCUGAAAGGUUGGCCAGGUUUGAAUCCGGAGGAGCGGGGUGAGCUCCCGCUGUUAGCCCCAGCUCCUGCCAACCUAGCAGUUCGAAAGCAUGCAAAUGUGAGUAGAUGAAUAGGUACCGCUCCCAUUGGCGGGAAGGUAACAUUGGCGCUCCGUGCGGUCACAACCUAGGAGGCGUCUACGGACGAUGCUGGCUCUUUGGCUUAGAGAUGGAGACAAGCAUCGACCCCCAGAGUCGGGCACGACUAGGCUUAACGUCAAGGGGAAAACCUUUACCUUUACCUUUCUUACAGGUGUAGAAAAUUACUGACUUUUUAAACAAACAGGGGGGGGGGUGUUGGGGAAGGGGUUAUUUUGUAUGAACUGAGGAUGACUGGCAGCGUUUUCACCCAAUCGCUGAUGGAAGCCCAGGAGGAGGAGGAGGAGGAGAAGAAGCACUACGUUUGUUGCAAAAUAUAGAUAACGAACUCUUUUUAGUCUGCAUGGGGAUAGGCCGUGUGGUUGCUGAGAAGAAAUGCUGCUAAUAUAUUUCCUUUUUACAAGAGCAUAUCUAAAUAGACCAUUGUUUUGAUGUUAAUCUUUGUAAAUUAUGUAUUACCAAUUUUAACAUUGGAUGUAAUUGCAUAAAAAGGCCUGCGUCUCAAAAUACCAAGAGAUUCUAGUAUUAAAUGGGAUAAAAAAACCAUGUUUCCUA